AUGCGAGUGGUGGGGGCGCAAUUGAGCGCUGGAUCGUCGGGUAUUUCAUUUGGGAGAAGCUCUGUGCAGGCGAGAUGUGAAUCGAGGAACGGCAAUCGGAAGUUUGGCUCGUCCAGAGAAUUGCUGUCGGCAAGGAGCUCCUCGUCAUCGCAACUGGUAGAGCUAGCUGCAACCAUUGCUCGAGAAACAGCCAAGCUUGACGCAUACAUGCAAGCCAGCGGGCUCCCUACCCCAUCCUUCGAUGUGAAUGGACCACUGAACUUCCCGAGAUUAAAUGAUGAGAUGCAAAAGGCGAGAGAGGAGGUCAUAAAAGCCGCAAAGGAACUCGGAGAUUUGAUGACCGGGCCGACGGAGACCGUGAGGUGGAUGGCGUGGGAUCUAACGGACCCAGCACAAUCAUUUCCUGUUGACAAGACUGCCACCUUCUCUCAGAUAGCCGAGAAAGUCGGCCUGGGGGAACUCAAUGUUCGGAGAUUCUUGCGCCAUGCGAUGACGAACCGGAUAUUCGAGGAGGCUGCUCCUGGCGUCGUGGCUCAUACUGCUGCUAGCCGUGUUCUUGCUGAGGAUAGGAUGAUGAACGACUGGGUAGGUUUCUGCGUCGAAGACAUGUGGCCCGCAGCAUCACAGACUGUCCCUGCUCUAAAACGCAACCCCUCUGCCGACGACAUGACCCAGACCGGCUUCUGUCUCGCCAACAACACGACAGACCUGGAACCCAUGUUCACCACCCUCGGCAAGUCCCCCCAGCGCGCACGACGCAUGGGCGGCGCCAUGCUCUCUCUCACCGGCGGAGAAGGCUACGAGCUCUCCCACCUCCUCGCCAGCUACGACUGGGCCACCCUCGACGCUCGCAGCGCGCAAAUCGUCGACGUCGGCGGCUCCCACGGCUUCGCAUGUGUCGCGCUCGCCGAGCGCUUCCCGAACCUGACGUUCGUCGUCCAGGACCUGCCGCAAACCAUAGCGUCCGCGCCCGCGCUCGCGGGAGAUCUGGCAGCGAGGAUCCAGUUCCAGGCCCACGAUUUCACCCAGCCGCAACCCGUGAGAGGCGCGGACGUCUACCUCUACCGCUGGAUCCUGCAUAACCACUCGGAUAAGUAUGCUGUCAAUAUGCUGCGCCAGCUCAUCCCCGCGCUGAAGAACGGCGCCAGGGUGGUGAUUAACGACCACUGCCUGCCGGAGCCCGGGACCGAGAGCGCAAGGGACGAGAAGAUCAUGCGGACGAUGGAUUUGGUGAUGCUGACGUUGCUGAACGCGCAGGAGAGGACGGAGGGGGAGUUUAGAGAGUUGUUUGCGAAGACGGAUCACAGGUUUAGCACAGCCGGACAGUCCCAAGCUAUAAGUACGUCGAUCCAUGUGAACGGAUCCACUCAAGACGAUGCUCAGUACCUCGCUGAGCGAUUACGAGUGAUGACUUACGUACGCAAAAGCUGCUUAAUUAAAGAGGACUUUAAUAUGUGGCACGAUAUGUUCGAACUAAAGGUUGAGCUUAAAAGUCGAAGAAGAGACCUUGCGGCUUGGUUUAAUGCUAAUAAGAUAGAUUACAUUGGACUUUCGAGCGACUUUACUUAUAAAGCUAGUCACGUUCUAGACUUGACCUUUUCAAAUAUUCCGUUUGCUCAAACGACAAUUCGCUUCGAUCUCUAUUCGGGCUUAGACCACGAAACUUAA